AGGGAGGGGCUCAUCUAAGCCUGCUAGGCCAUUUGCCCCGCGCUUGACCUUGGCUUUUGGGCCUAUCGGCGCCGAGCGCACAAUCUGCGGGAAAAUUCCCUGGCGGGCAAAUCCAUCUCCAUCACGUCGCAGACACGACUACUGAAAAACCCAGCACGUCCGCACCCCUCGCAACCUCGAACCCCCCCCAUCCCGGAACUGCGUCGACGGCAUCUGCGAUCUAAAUAGUUGCCUAAUAUGAGGCCCAUUCUGCUGUCGGGCCACGAGAGAGCCCUUACACAAAUCAAAUAUAACCGCGACGGCGACUUGAUCUUCUCGGUAUCCAAGGAUCAGCAAAUCUGCGUUUGGUUUGCCCACAACGGCGAGCGGCUAGGCACAUACCACGGCCAUGUGGGCGCUAUCUGGACCGUCGAUGUUGAUCCUACGUCGACCAUCAUCGCCUCCGGCUCAGCCGACAACACCAUUCGACUCUGGGACAUCAAGUCGGGCAAAUGCCUAAAGACAUGGGAGUUCCCGACAGCCGUCAAGCGCGUCGAGUUCAACGAGGAUGGCACUAAGCUGCUUGGCGUUACGGAGAAGCGUAUGGGGCACCUGGGCACCAUUGUCGUGCUGGAUAUCAAGGUCGACGUCGAUGCCGAGCAAACCGACGAGAAGGAGCUUACCAUCGUGUGCGACGAGAGUAAGGCCACUGUAGCCGGGUGGAGCUACCUUAGUAAGUACAUCAUCGCUGGCCACGAGGACGGCUCCGUAUCGCAAUACGACGGCAAGACGGGCGACCUCAUCUACAACAUUCCCAUCCACGAGCUCAAUAUGGCCAUCACCGAUCUCCAAUGGUCGCCCGACCGGACAUACUUCAUUACCGCAUCAAAGGACAAGACUUCAAAGCUUAUCACAGCAAGUGAACUGGAAGUUCUCAAGACUUACGUUGCCGAUACCCCUCUCAAUAGCGCCACCAUCACAACCAAGAAGGACUUCGUCGUUCUAGGCGGUGGCCAAGCCGCCAUGGACGUGACACGCACAUCGGCGAGACAGGGCAAAUUCGAGGCCCGCUUCUAUCACAAGAUCUUCGAGGACGAGAUUGGCCGUGUCCGCGGUCACUUCGGCCCCCUGAACACGGUGGCAGCCGAUCCCACCGGCAAGGGCUACGCGAGUGGUGGUGAGGACGGAUACGUUCGCGUCCAUCAGUUCGACAAGGGUUACUUUGACUUCAUGUACGAGGUGGAGCGGGAACGGCAAAACAGAUUAGCUUGAGAUGAAAAUGCGCAGGUUUGGGGCAUUUUUACGGCGUUACAUAGGCACAGCUGGGCCAGGUGGUUAGGGUGAAAUGGGGGCCUAGAAAACACGGAUUUCAGCCCAGGUAUUCAUUAGUUGUUAGCCAGGUUUGGUGCUUCUACAACCUCGUACUAAUGCGGAUACCUUUCACGUCAUCUAGUCUUUCAAUGACUAUAUCUUCUUCAGCUGUUACACAUGUGUUUUCGCGAAGUGUUCAUUCAGCCUGGCAUUAUCUUGAGGAGAAUAUGGUGCCGGUUCGGGAAUCUCCUCUUCGGCCUCUCCUUUAGCUAAACUGAGUCAAACUACACAUCUGUCAGCAGACAUGGCCAAGAAUGGUACACUGGUGAAAUCGAAUCUUAAGA